GCGGCGGCAGAGCUAGCAUGGACCAGCGACAGGGGCCAGCAGAGCGAAGGCCUGCAGGACCUGCCACGCACCUGCAGCCCAAGGAGGGGACACUGUGGGGGUUCUUUGCCAUCCUGUCACUGCUGGCUGGGCUGGCCACAGGCACCCUGCGAAUGCCACACUGCAACGAGACGCUGGACGCAGCCCCCACGCCCCGGGGCACAGCCACUGCCAGCCUGUCUGCGGAGGAUGCUGUGGAGGCACCCCUUGCUGCUGCCUGGAGCCAGCUGUACGGGGACAACGCGACAACAGGUAGCCCAGGCACCGCAGAGCUGGCGGAGGACCUGCUGCUGCGUGCUGAGCGCUCACCGCCAGGUGCCAGCAAAGCCAAAAAGGCGGGGGGGAAAUCCCCACGGCGCACCCGCGGGCGCAACUGCCACAUCCGCAACCUGAUGGUGAAGGUGCGUGACCUGGGCCUGGGCUUCAACUCGGACGAGAUCGUGCUCUUCAAGUACUGCAGCGGGUCCUGCCACCGGGCACGCAGCAACUACGACCUGACGCUGGGCAGCCUGCUGCGGCAGCAGCUCAUCGCCCCGGGGCCACAGGAGCGCGUCCUCAGCCACCCCUGCUGCCGACCCACCCGCUAUGAGGCUGUCUCCUUCAUGGAUGUGGAGAACACAUGGCAGACGGUGGAGAAGCUCUCAGCAGCUGAGUGCAGCUGUAUUGGCUGAGGAGGGGGCCGCUGGCUUGGCCCCAGCU